AUGUUGGAGGCAUGCAUACCUGUAUCUGGAGAAUCUGUGUACCUGAUGCAACGACAGUGUGAAUGCACAGAACGUGAACGAGAUCGGCAGCUUGAGGAUGAACUGCGUGAUCCAUCGAAUUUUGCAGAGUUUUUUGUCCCAAGACCCCUUCGGCUGACUUUGCUAGGGUUUGGCGCAUUCUCCUGUCUCACGGGCACAUUUGUAGCUUUUUCAAAUGUUGCAACGGACACCAGUCUCAUCAUUGGAGAAGGCCCAUUAAACAAUUUGGUAAUCAACCUUUUCGGCUUUGUGAUUUUUUCCACACUAUUUUGGCUGGAUCGUAGUGGGGCCGAGAGAAGAGUGUCAAAAAGAAAACAAAUAAGGGAGGCACAGAUCGAAUUUGGGGACAGAGAAGUCUAUGUCAACAAGGAAGGAGAGAAAAUGUCAAAGCUAAAGGAGGUUGAUGAUGACUGGAUUCUUCGGCGGUUGGAGCGCUGGGGUCGGCGUGACAGGAUGCCAUUUGUCGGUCCUGAAAAGGGGGCGAUUCUGCAAUCGCUAGUCAAAGAGAAGAGACCAAAGCUUGUAGUGGAGGUUGGAACAUUGUGUGGAUACUCAGCCAUUUUGAUUGCCCAAGUGCUGCCUCCUGGAUCCCGGCUGUGGACCUACGAGGUGGACUGGAAAUGGGUCCUUGUUGCCAAGCGAUUCCUGUGGCAAGCCAGCCAGGGCUCAAAGAACGCAGCACUGGCAGAAACUAUCAGUGACAAGGUGGACGUAAGAUGGGGUGAUGCUCGCAAAAAGAUGGCAGAAUUGGAAGAGGAUCGCAUUGACAUGCUGUUCUUGGAUGGCAUCCCCAACCAAUACAUUGAAUACUUGAAAGCAGCUGAAGACAGACUUGCACAUGGUGCGCUGGUGGUGGCAGACAAUGCGGGAGUUUUUGCAGACGGGGGAUUGAAGGAGUACCUGCAGUAUGUGCGCAACAGCCCUAAGUAUGAGAGUAGCUUUGUGGAAUCUGUUUAUGAAUGGAGCAAUGUUCCUGAUGGGUUGGAAGUUUCAGAAUUUAUUGGAUGA